AUGGAGUCAACGCAUCAGCCAGCUGAUCCCAUCGCCAAGGGAAUUCUUCCUACAGCAAAGCAAGGCGUACGGGAUUUAUUCAACUUCAAGCAACGAAUCGUCGUCACAGAUCACCUUGGUCAUACAAGGACAGAAUGGGCGCGUCCGAUCCCUCUCAAGAACCCCAUCAGCCUGUUAGCCCAGUUAUCAGCGCGCGAUUGGCUCUUCUUCAUCGUCGGCUUCGCAGCCUGGACAGCAGAUGCCUUUGACUUCCACGCUCUUUCGAUUCAGCAAAAGAAGCUGGCUGAUUACUAUGGCACGACAAAGACCGAAAUAUCUACCGCCAUCACGCUCACACUGCUGCUUCGAUCAAUAGGCGCGGCGAUGUUCGGCCUCGCUGGUGACAAGUGGGGACGGAAAUGGCCCAUGGUGUUCAACAUGAUUGUAUUGGGUGUGUUGCAGAUUGCCACAAUCUACAGCAGCACUUUCCAGCAGUUUUUGGCUGUCAGAGCCCUGUUUGGCUUGUUCAUGGGCGGAGUCUACGGCAAUGCUAUCGCCAUGGCCCUAGAGAACAGCCCAGUCGACGCCCGCGGCCUCAUGUCUGGAAUCCUCCAGCAAGGAUACUCGCUCGGAUAUGUGUGCGCUGCUUGUGCCAAUCUGGGUGUUGGUGGCGCGACGGAGAGCUGGAAGACAGUCUUUUGGAUUGCCGCCGCUAUUUCUAUCUUUGUUGGCCUCGUGCGUUGUCUCUUCCCCGAGUCUAGGCAGUUCAUCGAAGCUCGCGCUGCUGGCAAGGCGCAGGCAAACCCCUCUGCGUUCUGGAAGGAAACGCGGGUGAUGCUUGCGCAAGAGUGGAAGAUGUGCGUUUAUUGCAUUAUUCUGAUGACGUGGUUCAACUACUACAGCCACACCUCCCAAGACAGCUACACGACAUUUAUGCUGACGCAGAAGGAGCUCGAGAACGCUGGAGCCAGUCGGGCAAGUAUCAUCAUGAAGGCCGGCGCUUGCGUGGGAGGGACCAUCAUCGGGUACAUCUCCCAGUGGUUCGGCCGCCGCAGAACAAUCAUCGUCGCGUCGCUCAUCAGCAUGGCGCUCAUCCCUGCGUGGAUUCUCCCCACAGAUGAAGGCGGUCUUUCAGCAAGCGGCUUCUUCAUGCAAUUCUUUGUCCAGGGUGCCUGGGGCGUGAUUCCCAUCCAUUUGAAUGAGCUCUCGCCACCUGCCUUCCGCUCAUCCUUCCCAGGUAUCACCUACCAGCUCGGCAAUAUGAUCUCCUCCCCAUCAGCGCAGAUCGUCAAUGCUAUAGCCGAGAGCACGUUUGUUGUGAGUGCUUCUGGGAAGAUGGUGGAGGCGUAUGGUCCCGUGAUGGGCAUCGCGACGGCGAUUAUCGCUUUUGGGAUCGCGACGUGGGUUGCGGUUGGGCCGGAGAAGCGCGGGAGGGAGUUCGAGAAGGUGUUGCCGGCGGGGAUGAAUAUUAUGCAAGAGGGGACAAGGGCGGAUGAUCUUGAGUCUGGGUCGGCGAGUAAUGAUGAGGGGAAGGGGGGGACUAGUGAGUUGGAGACGGUGCCGACUAAGGGGUUGAGUGAGAAGUAA